ACUCUUAUCAGUGAGAAACAUUUCAUAACAGUAGGACUUGUAUAAGACUGAAGGAAUUCACACUCCCCAACACGUGAGCUUUGUCUAGUUCAUUGCUUAUAUAAAGACUCAUGUUUUAGUAAAAUCCUGCAUAUCCAUCUUACAGCUGAAAACGUACAAAUCACGACUGCCACCAUGCUUCGACAAGGUUUAAUUCUAGCGGCCGUUGUUGUUUUCGCUUCGGCCCAGACGUUCAGUUUCGGGCAUUGCCCAACUACACAUACAAUGGAAAACUUCGAUCUCAACAAGUAUAUCGGCGAUUGGUAUGAACUUUACAAAUUUCCAGCCAGCUUCGAAUCAGGAGAGAAAUGUAUCGUCGCAAACUAUACCCUUUUACCUGACAACCAUAUCCGGGUGAAGAACGUCGGUAUUGAUCCUAAGACAAGAAAUCGCUCUAUUGCCUUCGGUGAUGCCUUCCAAUCUGACCUCAAUUCACCUGCUAAGCUUAAAAUCAGAUUCGCCGCAAACACGCCGUACGGUAAUUACUGGGUACUUAAAACAGACUACACCUCAUAUACACUUAUUUACUCAUGUACUGACAUCCUUGGAAUCAGCCAUCUUGAAUUUGCUUGGAUUCUUUCCCGACAGAGGUCGCUACCACAAGCCAAAAUUGAUGAACUCUUUAAUGUUUUCAAAGGUUUUAGAAUCGAUACCGGGCACUUUAUCAAGUGUGAUCAAACAGGAUGCUGAACAAAUAAUUAGAUUUGACAAAUAUGAUGCUCUCUCAUUUUAAACUUAUUUACUUUGAUCUCUUCGUUGUUUCACUUUGUUGUAAAUAUGUAUUGUAAGUCAAAUGAUAUGUUUUGAAUAAAAAAUAAUACUACAA